UCUAUGUGCAUCGGGGUCAAGGGGCAUCCCAUCGUUGUCAGGAAGCAGAAUUGAGGGGGAGCUGAGCCGACAUCUGUUGUUGUUGUCUGCGCUGUAUCCUCUCCCUGUCUGACAGUCCGGUUAGCCGACCAGAGGACUGUUUUCUCGGUGUAGGUUGACGUCUGUUCCCCGGCGGAUGAAUGGCAAUGACGGCAGCGAGAGCGGCGGCAGCGGGCGGCCCGGCGUCUUUGUCCCGGUUCAGGGGAGCGCUGGUGGCGGCCGUGCUGGGGGAUUGUGUCGGCGGAGAGUUUGAAGGAGCGGAGGAGGUUCCCAUGGAGAGCGUGCUGCAGCAUCUCAGCAGCCUGGACGACGACACCAAAGGGAAUGGUAUCCUUGAGUACAGUGAUGACACGGCCAUGGCACGUUGUGUGAUCCAGUCUCUUCUCACCCGUGCCGGCUUCGAUGAGCGGGACAUGGCUCGCAGGUUUGCUAAGGAGUACAGUGCGUCCCCGGGCCGCGGGUAUGGAUCCGGAGUGAUCCAGGUGCUGAAGAAGCUGUCCUCUCCUCAGCUCAGUGACGUGUACCGGCCGGCUAGAGACCAGUUUAAUGGUCGGGGCUCCUUUGGGAACGGGGGAGCCAUGAGGGCGGCCCCCUUCGCACUGGCUUUCCCCGACCCAGCUGAUGUGAAGAAGUUUGCUCAUCGCGGGGCCAUGCUGACCCACUCCUGCUCUCUUGGCUAUAACGGGGCGGUGCUGCAGGCGUUGGCCGUGCACCUCUCCCUGCAGGGGGCGCUGGACCUGCCCCUCAAGUUCAUCAGCACGCUGAUCAUAGAGAUGGAGGACGUGGAGAGCAACGAGGCCACGCUCAAUGACGCCAGAAUCCUAAAGGAAGCAGAGAAGCCGUUCUGCGAGCGCCUCCACAGAGUGAGCGACCUGAUGCACCGCAGCAAGGUCAGCAUCGAGGAGGUCAUCUCUGAACUGGGUAACGGCAUCGCGGCGCUCCACUCAGUCCCAACUGCCAUCUUCUGCGUCCUGCACUGCCUGCAGCCCAGAGAAUGCCUCCCAGAGAACUACGGCGGCCUGGAGAGGACAAUAGCGUACAGCCUGGCCCUGGGAGGGGACACAGACACCAUAGCCUGCAUGGCAGGGGCCAUCGCCGGGGCCCACUACGGCAUCGAGGCUAUCCCUCAGUCGUGGAUAAAGUGCUGCGAGGGGGCGGAGGAUGCAGACAUGAAUGCAGAGCGGCUUCACAUGCUGUACCAGCAAACAUCACAGGGGGGCGGGACAGGGGAGCCGAGCUGUGGAGCUGAAAGCCAAUCAAAAGCUUCUAACGGCACAGAGAAGAAAGCCAGAGCGGAGUGAUUCUUACUGAGUGACACACACACACACACACACACACACACACACACGUGAUGAUUUCAAAACUAUGACAAAAUAUGUUUUUUUUCCAUGACUGAAGGGAGACAAUGAUGAGACGGCAUUGACGCCAUUGAAGACCAACUGUGACAAUAUCAACAUGCAAUAUUCAUGAAAACAAAAAUGUAGUUAAAAAAUAUAAACUUCACUAAAAUCAUUUUAUUAUAACUUCUACUUCUGUUCCCAUCUCUGUCUCUCUGAAAAACACACAUACCACAUGCCCUACCGCUCAAUUAUUCUCCGUCAGACAGUUGUCAGUGCUACUAAGGCAUAAAGUCAAUGUACAAGUUGAAUUGGGUUCGGGUUAUUAUUUUAUAUUAUGAUUUUUUUUUUUUUCAUGUCAGGCGUAGCAGAUUGGCUCUCAUUACGGGCUGGGUGGGUGCGCAUCACCAAUAAACACAGUCAGUAUGAAUGGGGGUCGAGCUGCAUUUUUAUUAUCAAAUAAUUAUAAGAUGCUAUCUUCUGUGAACAAAGUUUGUCACAAAUGACAGAAUUAUUGGUUUCGGCUGGCCUAGAUUUGAUGGAAAUAGAAUAAAAAUUGACUAAAUGUUAUGACUUCAUAUCGACUAAAACUAUGAAGGCUAACUACGAUGACUUCAAUUCUAAACUAAAAAGCGCUUUUUAUAAUUGAUGAGCUCAAAUAUUCCUUCAAUUUUAAACUCAAUCUCAAACAGCUGCCAAGCUUAACACUUACACAUAAAGAAACAUCUUGACUCGUAGGCUUCAGUAGUGGGGGAUCAACCCCCCUACGCCAUGAGCCACAGCCACUACAGAAUGUUAAAGUAAAACAAACAAGAUACGUAACCAGACAGACUAGAUUCACUUUAUAUGAUAUGUGUUGUCAUAGAUACAUUUGGUGUGUGUAUGCAUGCCCGUAUACACACACACACUCUGCUCUUUCCUGUUUUGUGUUAAACAAUCUUCUGUCUUGUGAAAGUUGCACUAUUGAUUGGCCAUGUCUUGUUUUUAUCCGUUUGAUGGAUAACAAUUAUUUAAUAAACAUUUUUUUUGUAAAUUCA